AUGGCUGGUUCCAGUAGUGAUCCGAGUUCAUCACAAGCGGUUGGAGACAUGGAGAAUCCGCGUGUCUCAGACCCGGCUCAAGACGGACAGCAUUCUGCCCAAGACUGCACUCUCGUGGGUCCUGCGCCGACGGCACACUCAAUACAGCCGUCACGGGAGGGAAAUCCCGACAGAAGCAAUCAAGAUGACGACUCUGAGCUUGAUGAUGGCCAGACUCACAUGAGUUACGAGGACGAAGAUGGCAGCGAGGACCUUGAUGGUCUCUCGGAUUUCGACUCUGACGACGAGUUCCCCUGGUACGAGGAACUUGAUGGCCUCGCCAAAUUGAAGCCGUCUACGGACUCCCCGACAACUUCUCGCAGAGCGGAGAAACAAAUCGGUGGCUGUAGUGCAAAGCUGAUCAGACGCGACGAGAUGCGCGAAUCGUUCUGGUUCGAGAUGGAACAACCUGCCCAAGAGAUGUCUGAUCUGGCAUUUGAUCUGUUCGAUCGGUAUGGACGUCUUAAUCCCGAGUUCUAUGAGCACGAUGUCAACAAAGGAACUGGGGUCUGGGGCAAUGAACUUGACCGCGGAGACCUGCUUCUCUUUGAGGAGUUGACAGUAGACGCAGCUCAUCGACGACGUGGUAUUGGAACGAAACUGGUCAACGCCAUCCUGGAGAAAACGAGAAAGAAGGUCUCGGGGCCGGUGGGCUUUUUUGCUCUAACUCGUCCUGUAUUCCUAUGGAGGGAAGUAUCACAUCUGAGGGGCGACCCUGCCGCGAUGGGACAAGCUCAGGAAGACGCCGAGAAAGAUCCGGCGGUUGAAGCCGCAGAGUGCAUCGAGGAACUCACAAAGGCCUUGCCAGAAGAUUUUGAAGAUGGCCAGUGGCAGACAAUUGACCGAGACGGCGACACCCUGCUGCACAUCGCCUCGAGGUUAUCCAAACCAGAACUAGUCAGGUUCCUCCUCUCGAGGGUUCCCCGUUUAGCGGCUGUGCGAAACAAGAAAGGCCACACAGUUCUGGAAGCCCUACAGAACCACCUCGAGCGCUGGAGAACACGGCGAUCCGUUGGAUUCUUAACCGUGAUCACAUCCGACAGGUUCAAAGGCUUCGACGCCUCGGAUAUCGAGUGCCUUGCUGUCCUCGAACACACGGCUGCCUUCGAUCUCUCGAGUCUGAGCCCCCGAGACGUCGAGGCUGUUUCGUCGGCCACAGACGAGCAGAUUCGGAGGGCGCCGCCUCAGAUCGACAUAGUCAGCAUCCAGAAGACUCUGCGGUAUAAAUACGGCUGCACGUGUGGGCAGUGCAUCGGUGGAUUCUUAAGCCCGCGAAUGAAACUCGCGCUACUCUGCGUUGCUGAGAUACAGCACGACAUUCUGUGCAGCUUCAUGGAUGACACCGGGCCAGACUGGGUUUCCUUUAACGACGAUCUCUUGACGCAUCUCCCCGGCUUUGUCCGGAAGAACUUCAAGACGAAUAAGUCAAUGCGGCAGGGCUUUGCGAACAUGUUCAGUCAUUUCGCCAAGUGUCUAGAGAAGGGGAGGGUGCCUUCGGAAGGAGAGGUGCUCGACUUCUACCAGUCAGAUGUGAGUGAGUGGCCACCGGUGACGAGGAACUACCUCGAGCGAGGAGGAAGUGUGGCCGCGGUGGCCAAUACAAUUUUCGAACGGGCAAUGGAGCAAGAUGACUGGGCUGGAGACGGAUGUCACAGAGAGACUUUCGAAAAGCACAUUGACAAGCUCGUGGCGUGCAGGAACGACCAUGAGUUUGGCUUCGUGGCUGAAAGACAACGAGCGAGAGAGAGCGCGACUAUGGACAAGCUCAAGUCAUCGCCGGCCCAGGGCCCACAGCCCGACGCCGUUACACAUGACCACAACGAGGCCGGUCCUCUACCAACACCUGCGUCGAAACAACCUCGCAGGACAACCAUAAACCCGUGGUUCCCUCUAAUUCUUCUCGUCGCGUUCUCACUAUAUUUCAUACACACGUCGGUAUUAGGGUCCGGCAGACAUCUCCUGGAUUGGUUCACAAAUGAUGCGCCUCCCGCCACGACCACCGGUCCCUACCAGGGAGAUCAAUAUCUCCUGGGGGUGGGGAAGGCCGACAUCACAGGACCAGUCGUCGAGGUCAACCUGAUGGGCUACGCAGACCCUAAACAGCUUGGGACUGGUCUGCGCCAACGGCUGUACUCCCGCGCCUUUAUCGUUGGAGACAUAGAAAACCCAUCCAACCGCUUCGUCUACUUGGUGCUGGACAUCCAGUCGGGAGACACUGCUGUGAGAUAUGGCAUCUUGUCUGGGCUUAGGGAUCUGGGCCCCGAGUACGCAGUCUAUCAGAAUCACAACGUCGCCGUCACGGGUACACAUUCGCAUUCCGGCCCUGCCGGAUGGCUCAACUACCUACUACCCCAAAUCACCAGCAAGGGCUUCGACCACCAGGGCUAUCGGGCAAUUGUGGAUGGCGCCAUACUCUCCAUCGUCAGGGCCCACGAGGCUCUCCAACCCGGCUACCUCAGCAUCGGCUCCACCAAAGUCGAGGGAGCCAACAUUAACAGGAGCCUGUUCGCCUAUCUAGCCAACCCGGAGGAGGAACGCGCCAAGUACAACAUCAGCAGCGAGGACGACGGCUCCGUGGAGAAGAACCUCACCCUCCUCAAGUUCCAACGAGCAUCCGAUGGGAAGAACAUCGGCGUCUUGACCUGGUUCCCUACACACGGCACGUCCAUGUACGGCAAUAACACGAUAAUCACCGGUGACAACAAGGGAGUCGCCGCCUACCUUUUCGAAAAGAGCGCCUCGAAAGACCCGUCCGCUGCCGAGGGCUUCGUCGCUGGCUUCUCACAAGCAGAUGUCGGCGACACCAGCCCCAACGUGCUGGGUGCGUACUGCGAGGACGGCUCUGGGGAGAUGUGCAGCUUCGAGAACAGCACCUGUCCCAGCGAUGGGAGAAGUCAGAAAUGCCACGCGCGUGGCCCGUUGUACACGGCCGAUGAUACUGGCACCUCGUCCUGUUUCGAGAUCGGCCGGCGGCAGUUCGAGCCGGCCAAAACCCUCUACGACGAGCUCAAUGUGAACCUCAUUCCGGUCCAGGGGCCCUGGGUCAAGUCCUUCCACACCUUCCACAACAUGUCAGACUUCACCUUCCACCUUCCCAACGGGACUCUGGUCUCAACCUGCCCAGCAGCCCUAGGCUGGUCCUUCGCAGCAGGCACAUCCGACGGCCCAGGGGCCUUCGACUUCACACAGCACGACGGCGACCCGUCCAAUACGUCCCCCGUAUGGCGCGUGGUAUCAGGGUUCCUCAAGGAGCCCUCGGACGAGCAGCGCGCCUGCCAGGGCGCCAAGCCGAUCCUCCUCGACGUCGGCGAGGUGCACAAGCCCUAUGCCUGGACCCCCAACGUCGUCGACGUCCAGGUCCUCCGCGUGGGCCAGCUGCUCGUCGUCGUCAGCCCGGGCGAGGCGACCGCCAUGGCCGGGCGGCGGUGGAAGGAGGCCGUCAGGGCUGAGAGCACGGCACUGUUCAGCGACGAGGGCGACAACGACACACACCACCCUAGUGCCCCGAGCCCGGUCGUCGUCCUGGGCGGCCCGGCAAACAGCUACACGCACUACAUCGCCACGGAGCAAGAGUACGCCAUCCAGCGGUACGAGGGCGCCUCGACGUUGUACGGGCCCCACACCCUCGCGGCCUACAUCAACGUGACGCUAGCACACCUGCCUCUGCUCGGGGCGCGGGCCCCCUCCGGCCCGCCUCAGCCGCCUGCUGCCUUCCCACCUGACAACACGAACCGCUCGCUCAGCUUCAUCGCCGGCGUCGUGCGGGACGGCACCCCACUAGGCCGGGCCUUCGGCGACGUCAAGCAGGACGUGCGGCGCUUCUACCGCGCCGGGGCGCCCGUCUCGGCCGUGUUCGUCGGCGCAAACCCGCGCAACGACCUCCGGCUGGGGCGCACGUACGCCGCCGUCGAGAAGCUGGAGGUAGUGGGCGGCGGGCAGGCGGGCAAGGAUGAGGGGGAGCUCUGGCGGACGGUCAGGGACGACAGCGACUGGGCGCUGGUCUUCCGGUGGAGGCGGACCAGCGAGGUGCUCGCCACGAGCGAGGUGGAGGUCACGUGGGAGACGGACAGGGAGCCCGAGGGGGAGCUUGAGGCCGGGGUGUACCGGAUCCGGUACUAUGGCGACUGGAAGAGUAUCGGGGGCACCAUCACCGAGUUCGAGGGCGUCACGGGGGCUUUUACGCUGGUGCGAUGA